AUGCCUCGUAAUCGUAUCGAUCUUACUCAACUUGAUAGAAGAAUAAAGAGCGAAUUUUCAGAAAAUUCUUUCCCCUCAAGGUCGCAUCCUAUUCAAACCACAUCUUACUCUGAUGAAAGAGAAUAUUCUCGUGUAAGCCGACACACGAGAAGAGAUAGCCGGAGCCGUGAUCGAUACUAUUCACGUAAUGAUAGUUAUGAUCGUAAUAUAUCAAGAGAUUAUUCACAUAGAAGUCGACGUUCCCCAUAUCGAGGCCGCCGUUCUCGAAGUAGAAGUCGUGGAAGAACUUUUAGAGACCAUUUUACAAGAUAUAAAGACCAUUGUUCUCCUGAUUAUAGAAGGAGUCAUCGCUCCCCCGAAUAUCGAAGAAGUAAUCGUUAUCCUGAAUAUCAAAGAGACAACUAUUUUAAUAAUCAAGAGAAUCUUCCUCCUCAUCCUGUUAUCAAACAAGAGGAUCAAACUGAUUCAAAUUAUGUGCAAUUCUUAACGAGGCAAAUUUUUGAUUUAACUUGUCAAAUUCAGGCCAUGCAAGCUGAAAGAUCAGGAUCUACACAAGUUAUUACACCUAUUAGUACUGAUUAUGGUGGUGCUGAAAUACGAGAUACUACUAACCGACAACAAAUCAAUGUUCCCACACCAAUUGAAAUUUCUCCUCGACCUAGCGAAUUAAACUUACCAUCUUCUCAUCCCAAUGAAUCGGAAAGAGUAUCUCCUAAACCUUGCACUGAUGAAAAUCUUAGACCAAUGGAUCCAAUUUUUAAACAUGUGUUUCGUGAUGAAGUGGUUUCAAUUUUAGAUAAAUUACCAACUUCGCAUCAAUUCAAAAUAACUCAAUAUUUUAGUCAACAAAUUGAUCAUAUUACUUAUUUUACUGUGCCUGCUAUUAAAGAAAAAAUUAGUCCUACGUUAUUAUUUACUGAUGAUGAAUUAGUCGCUGUGUUAAAACAACUUCAUAAGAGUCGUCGCGGUUUCUGGAAGAAUGAACAACGAGAGGUGAAAUAUAAAAAGAGAAAACACAUUUCCUCACGAACUGCUAGGAAAAUGCGCCGUCGAAUUAACGGAUUAAAGCAUAUGAUUUAUGUGAAUGAUCCAGUUCUUCGUAAUAGUCAACCUCCUAGAAUCUCUUGGAAUGAAUAUCUACGUGAUUUAGAAAGUGCUGUGAAUGAUUCUGCUUUACAAUCAGCAGAGGAAUCUGAUACAGAUGAAGAACUUGCCAAUGAUGAACGAGAAAAUGACGAAAGACCAGCAAAUAUUUAUAAUACCAAUAGUGUAAUUAAAGUAGUUAAUAAACCAUGGAGAUCUGCGAGGAUUGCAUGCCUUCUGCACCGUUGUGACGAAGUGACUGGAUCCAAAUUAUAUCGAAAAAGAUGGCAAAAUGAAAAUUAUAUUGACUAUAACAGUCGUCCAAAGGACGAUGUACCUUCUUGGUGGAUUUCCACAAAAUGGUCUUCCUCCAAUGUAGAAUCAGGCGAAAAUGAAGCCGGCAGGAGUGACAAUAGAAAUAAUAAUUACAUUAAUGGUGUCGAAAUUGUGGAAAUUGAUUAA